GUAUAUGUUGAUAUCUCCGGGAGUUCAGAAAAGAUACACUGAGAAGAAGAAUCUGAGGAUGGACCUGUUUGAAGUGUUGGUUCUUGCUCUGCUGUCCAUCGGUGCUCAUGCUAGUAACCAGUGUUCAAUAGCUGGACGCUGGAGAAAUGAAUUAGGGUCUACUAUCAUCAUAAGCUCUGCAAAUAUUCAUGGAACAUUCAGUGGGACUUACAUGACGGGAGUGUCACUCAGCAAUGCAAAUAUCACAGAAACACCAAUAACUGGAUUUCAGCAAGAUUCUAAUGAACCUACCUUUGGAUUUACUGUCAAAUGGGCAUUUUCAGAUUCAAUAACAGUCUUCACUGGUCAGUGCUUCUUAAACUCAACGGGAGGAAAGGUUCUUCAUACAAGUUGGCUGCUGAGGUCAACGGCCGUGAAUGAUGCCGACAACUGGAAGGCAACACGGGUUGGCGUCAACACUUUCACUCUAAUCAAAGGGGGGAAAAAAGAAAGCUGAUCUGUUUUUUCAUGUACCAGUGCUACCAUCACUAAAAGCUUACAAAGCAUUACAAAGCUUGUAUUUGUAAUUUUUCCAAAUUCUUUAAUAAAUAAUUCUGAAUGAAAA